AUGAGUUCAAUGAACAAAGCCGCGAGAGCAUCCUUGGCUAAGGAGACCAUCAAUAUACAAAUCCCGAAUAUCCUUUCUUUGAAUGCUCGGGCGCGGAAGGGAGUCAGCCAAGCUCGUCAGAUCCUAGGCACGAUUGACUUGCCCAAACUUCCCACUAAAACAAUGAAACACGAACAACAGAAGUCAUUGCAGAUCACACUUCGGCAUGUUGACACGUUGGAGGCUGCUCAUGGCCUACGACAAGAGAAAGGCAAAAGUCGGAUUGCUGUUCUCAACAUGGCUUCUCCUCUAAAUCCUGGAGGCGGUGUCCUUCGAGGCGCCAGAGCACAAGAAGAGAGUCUUUGUCUGCGUUCGACACUAUAUCCCAGUCUGCGACAAGAAUGGUAUCGUCACAAACCAGACGCUAUUAUCUAUACGCCUGAUGUUCUCGUCUUCAAGUCUACAGGUCAUAUGCGGGAUAUGCUAAAGCCUGAAGAGCAGUUCUAUGUCGACGUCAUCUCGGCUGCCGCGCCUAGACAUCCCGAGGUUGUAGUCUCAAAUGAUGGCGUACAAAGUUACAGCGAUCCGAAGGACGAGGAAAUGAUGGCUUUGAAGAUCAAGUACAUCAUGCGUACAGCCGCAAAGAUGUCGGCAACACAUGUCGUUCUCGGCGCGCUCGGGUGUGGCGCGUACCACAACCCGAUCAAGAAGGUUGCCUCGAUCAUGCGCCGUGUAUUGCUCGGAACGCCACGCAGCAAGGGGCCGGAAGAAGAUUGGGAAGCUGCUGGUAUCAAAGAAGUGGUUUUUGCAAUUCUUGAUGAGACCAGGGAGCAGACGGUUUGGAAUGGAUUUGUUGAAGAGUUUAGAGGUCAUGAUGGAGUUGUCAUUGAAGACCCUCCACAGUCUUCUAUUCUAGACCAGCCAAGAAGUUCUACAUAAUUCCAUUGAUAGAGAGGACUUUUUUAGCGGGAGCAGGAGUACAUUGUUGGGGCUACCAGAGUAUAUACAUAUAUACAUCCAUCU